AUGGCGGCGGCUGCGCUGGCGCGGGGGCUGGCGCGCGGAUGGGCCGCGCGGGGCGCGCUGCGCGCGGGGCAGCGAUACGCGGCGGCGGCCGGCGGGCACGAUGGGGAGGUUGACAAGGCGCGGCGGGCAGCGGCGGAAGAGGCAAGCGGACAGCCCACGAUCUUCAGCAAGAUAAUCGACCGCAGCGUGCCUGCCACUAUCCUCUAUGAAGAUGACAAGUGCCUGGUCUUCCGCGACGUGGCACCCCAAGCCCCCAUCCACUUCCUGGUGAUCCCCAAGCGUCCCAUCCCCAGGAUCAGCCGCGUGGGUGCUCAGGACACUGAGCUCCUGGGGCACUUGCUGGUGGUGGCGGCGCGUACGGCGCAGGCAGAGGGGCUGGCUGACGGCUACCGCCUUGUGAUCAAUGACGGGAAGCAUGGUGCCCAGUCCGUCUACCACCUGCACCUCCACGUGCUGGGGGGACGGCAGAUGGGCUGGCCCCCAGGCUGACCCCACACCUACACACUAUGGGCUGCCGAACAAUAAAGCAUCUCCUUGGUGGUGGCUUCAGUA